AGUGUCACCAUAGUGACUACAGCCAUUGAGAAAUACUGUGAGAUCUGUGAUUGGUCACAGCUUGUCACAUGGUACAAGGCUGAUGUGAAUAGCCUUGUACCAUGUGACCUCUGUGAUCAUUCACAGAUUUCACAAGUAGUAAGCAAUGAUGUCAGGAAGCGACAUCUUGUUUACUACUAUUCAGAGGUCCCGUACAGUGAUUGGUGAUCGUGGUGCAGCUCGCUCCCAGGGAGCGCGCACAGGCAGUAAAUGCGGGUGAUGUUUAGAAACAUCACCCCGCUUCAGCAGCGCUCCCCUCCGGCCAUUUAUAAACAUGGGCCAGACGGGAAGUGGUUAA